AUGAAUUCCCAACUUCAAGCUUGCAUCGACCAAGUCGAAAAGGAUUAUGCCGUCGACAAGAAAUUGCUUUGUGAUGCUUUUGAUGCAUUCAUCAAGCUGAUGGAUGAAGGUUUGACCUCUAAGGAACAAAAGAGAGAGUGCAUGCCCAUGAUCCCCACCUUCGUCAGUCGAAUUCCUACGGGAAAGGAGAAUGGUUUGUACCUUGCUGGUGACCUUGGUGGUACCAACUUCAGAGUGUGCUCGGUGAGACUCAAUGGCGACCACACCUUUUCGUUAACUCAGUCGAAAUCGAGAAUCCCCUCUGAGCUCAUGAAGGGUAAUCAAGGCUUGGAGCUCUUCCGUUAUCUUGCCAAAAAAGUUAGCGCUUUUUUGAAUGAACACCACGCCGAGUACUCGUGUGCUACUGAUGGUCGUUUAAAGCUUGGGUUCACUUUCUCAUUCCCUGUCAAUCAACAGGCUUUAGACAAAGGUACCCUCCUCAGAUGGACUAAGGGUUUCGACUUGCCUAACGUCGUUGGUAAGGACAUUGUUGAGUUGUUUCAACUUCAAUUGGAUGAAUUGGACGCCCCUGUUGAUGUUGUGGCCCUUGCCAAUGACACUGUCGGUACAUUAUUACUGAGAGCUUACUCCAAUGAUAUUUCCAAGUCGAAUGCUCAUACCGUCAUUGGGUGUAUUUUCGGUACUGGUACAAAUGGUGCAUACUUUGAGCUGGCCGACAAGAUCAAAAAGAUUGAUGUCCCAGGAAAUGGCAUGGUUAUCAAUACCGAAUGGGGCUCCUUCGACAACACUUUGCAAGUAUUGCCAAGCAACAGAUUUGACACUAUUGUCGAUUCAGAAACCGCUAACAAGGGCUAUCAUCGUUUUGAAAAGCGUAUUUCCGGUAUGUUCCUCGGUGAAUUGUUGCGUGUGACCCUCAAGUGCCUUGCUGAUGAUGGCCAAUUAUUUGCGAAGCUUAAGGAAGAACGUGGCGGUAGUCUUCCCCAUCGUUUGGAAGAACCGUGGCAGUUAGACUCUCAAGUUUUGCUGUACCUUGAAAUUGACGACUCCACCGAACUUAGAAUGUCGGGUCUCAUUCUUGAAAAUGAGUUGAGAUUGACUACCACCUUCGAGGAAAGAUUGGCCAUCAGAGCUAUUACUCGUGCCAUCUCUAAGCGUGCUGGAUUAUUAUCUUCAAUUCCGAUUGCUGCCAUUGUCUCAAGAGUCAAGGACCGCUACAAGGAUGACGAUAGAGAUUUCGAAGUUGGCUGCGAUGGUCUGGUUGUUGAGUUUUACCCUGGUUUCCAAGAUCGCGUCUACGAGGGUCUUGGUAUGAUUGACGCUUUGAAGGGUCUCAACAAGAAGGUCUACUUGCGCAUCGCCAAGGAUGGUUCGGGAGUCGGCGCUGCUCUCUGCGCUAGUACCGUAGACAACUGA